CCCCUUUCGUUAGUAGGAAUGUUGUGUCUUUAUAUUAGUGGGUGUGUGCUCCUCUGAAUCCAUGAGGUUACUGACAGUGAGACAAAAGCUUGAGAAGAAGAAGAAGAAGAAGAAGAGGCAAAUUACAUAACCACAAAAACACAGUUCAAGAGGGACGUUGCCUAUCUGCCUUCACUUCCAGGUAGUAUGAGGCAGGAACUGGAGGAAAGGCCUGAAAUGAAAGCAUUAGCAGCUGUUUCAACGCAUCAGCACUAGACUGACUGCACUGAAAGGAGAGAGGGAGAGGGAACUGGGAUCAGAGGAAGAGGAAGACAGAAAACCACAGAAACAAGGCAGAGCAAAGCAGAGGCAGCUUUAAUUCAGUACUAAACUUGUUACUGAUCUUACUGAAGACUUCCUGUGUCAGCACCAUGGGGAAGUCAGCCUCAAAGCAGUUUGCUGAAGACUUGCUGCAGUGCCAUAAUGAGUACAGGAAGAAGCACCAGGCUCCUCCACUGAAGCUGAGCAGCAAGCUGAGCAAAGAGGCUGCCCGUUAUGCUGAAAGUCUGGCAAGCACAAGAAUCCUGAAACACAGUGUGGAGUCCACUAGGGGGAGCUGUGGAGAGAAUCUGGCAUGGGCCUCCUAUGAUCAGUCAGGAAAGGAUGUGUCAGAUCGCUGGUAUGAUGAAGUGAAACAGUACAAUUUCAACCAUCCUGGAUUCUCCUCUGGCACUGGUCAUUUCACUGCAAUGGUAUGGAAGAGCACUCGGAAGCUUGGAGUAGGUAAGGCCACUGCAUCAGACGGUUCGUCCUUUGUGGUGGCCAGAUACUUCCCUGCUGGGAACAUUACGAACCAAGGACACUUUGAGAGCAACGUCCUGCCGCCUAAAACCACUCCAUCCACUCCCUAGACGUCUAAACCACCAGGGUGACACUUCAGCUUCAAAGACUUUAAUUCAAUAUUCAAGAAAACUGAAGUCAUCUGCCUGAUCUGCAAUGAAGAAUACUCAGGAGAGCACCACUUGUUGCCAA